AAAUAUGGGAAAAAUUAUGUCAUUGGUGUAGUGCGCCGAGCCGCCGACCCGGCAUGGCCCUGGCGGCUGCUACAGCACCGAAACGACGAGCGGCGACCGUGCCGCGUGACGGCACCACGGUCCAAGAACAUGAAACGAGGAAUAGUCUGGAACGAGGAAGUCGAAGACGCAUUCCGGUUUCAGCUGGCUGGCUUUCGCGAUGCCACCGAGUAUGAGCAUUUUCACGGUGGAGAUCUGCCGGAUCGCUGGCCCAACGGCUUGGUGAAAGUCCUGAAGCUGAAGAGCGGCUACUUCUACUGCUAUCACCGCAAUCGUGAGUGUGCCCACAAGGACAUCCACUGCACCAAGAUCUACAGCUACUAGGUACACGAUGUACACAUGAGCUGCUUGUGAUCAGCCAUGCAUGACUUCUGCACAUUGUCAACUGUGACCAUGAAGGUAACAGGUGAGAGUAGUCUUCCGCUCCAGCACUCUCCGUUUAUAAAACGAAGUUCACUUUCGAACAUUUCCAGUACGUCCAGCAUGGCCGUCUCAAUUGCAAGCCCCUUCAGUGUAUGCAGGUCGACUGGAGUAGGGAUUAUGAAACAUGUGAAGAGCAGAACUGAUGCCAGACGGACGUGUGCUCAGAUAGAGAGGCCUCACCUCACAUGAAUGUCCUCAUCGGUUACUCCAUGUUUCAUUGUAUACACUGGUAGCGUCAUGCUAUUCUCGAGUACAGUGCUUUUCUUGUAGCUCUACAGUAGCCACCAUGUGUAUGAUAUUCUUGCUCCUACUUUAGCUAGCAUGUACUCGAAGUAUGUGAUAUUCUCGCAUGCAGUUACUUGCAUAUAAAUGUAGGUCUAAUGCAGCUAGCACUUUCAGUGUAUAACGCUCAGCAUAUAGCAACGGACAUCGACUUUUAAAUUCUUGCACUAACCCCCCCCCCCCCCACACACACACACACCACCACCACCACCACCACCACCAGGGGGACUGCCAAUACAUCAUAUAGCUGCUGCGGUUGUUUCCUUCCAUCUCUGCAGUUGUGAUUGCUUUCGUGUGAAGGCACUGCUUGUUGAUCAAGUCUUGAGACUUUCUACUUUGUUUAAUGUGCUGGUUUGACAAAUCUUCCACUCUACGUCUUUGGCUUUCAUCUAUUGUGGUGACAGUACUCAUCUGUUUCACUUGAUAACGCCGCACUUUUUUCUUUUUGUUACAUGUACGCAAACCCUUUCUGUAUGCAAUUGUAAGGUGAUUUCUCUCUCUUUUCUCUCUCUAUCUCUCUCUCUCUCUCUCUCUCUCUCUCUCUCUCUCUCUCUCUCUCUCUCUCUCUCUCUCUCUCUCUCGCUCUCUCUCUCUCUCUCUCUCUCUCUCUCUCUCUCUCUCUCUCUCUCUCUCUCUCUCUCUCUCUCUCUCGCUCUCACGCACACACUCUCUCUCUCGCGCGCACACACUCUCUCUCGCUCUCGUGCACGCACUCUCUCUAUCUGGACCGACCGACCGACGUAACAUAAUUCUCAAAGUGACCCUAUACUCCUGGCUGGACCAGUGCAAAGUUACCAUUAUGCGUACAUGUACGGUACACAUCUGCACGCACACACAGAG